AACAGCCCUGCCGCCACACGCACAGUGUGUCGUCACACACACAUUGAUCAGCUUGUUAUACAAACGGAAAAAAGCGGUCAUUGUAUAUAAAUUAAAGAGUAAUUUUGGGUCUUGCUCUUCUUCUCUAAAUUAUAAUCAGUUGUCUUGUUCGACUGCAAAUUUUGAGGCUCAUCAUUUUUUGUGAUAAGAGCUAAGAGAACUGCUUUUGAAUUAAAGUAAUUUUUUUGGGAAUUCUGCUCUUCUGAACUAAAAUAUAAUCAGCCUUAUAGUUCCAUCACAUUUUUGCUAGCUCAUCAGUUUUUCUUCAGACAUGGAUGGGAGAUUAAGAACACUUACGUGGCUCGGAUGUUUCUUCCUUUUUGGACUAUCAACGGUGGCUGCCGAGAAAAAGGUGUUUUUAAAUCAGAAUGAAGAAAUCCUAAACAACAUACUGCGCCUCAAGACCGGAAUAGCAAACCCAUGUGUUUUCAAAGAAUAUUUAAUAUUUUACGAGUCGGGUGGGUUCAAUCAAGAUUUUGACGAACACAUUUCGGAGCAGAAAAUGAACGCCAAGUGGCUUACACUGUUGGGAAAACUGAGGUCUCAAACUUACGAAUCUGGCAGUGUCGAGGAAAAGGUUUUAAAGGUGUUUGACGUAUGCAAUACUACUAUCAACAACGAACAGAAUCUUGACCUUUUGGCGUAUGUGCAGCCGGACAUCAAUCUCCCCUGGCCACAUAAUACUCCCAACGACAGUCACUGGCCCAAGGAGCGUUUUCAAUGGCUGGUUACUCUCGCCCGAUUGACCCGCUAUGGCAUGGAUGACUUGUUACUUAAACUGAGACUCACAGUGGAUAGCGAGGAUGCCAGCAAGUACAUGGUGGCGAUCAAAGAACCCAAAUUUGUACAGACCGAAGGGUAUGUCAAGUACAGAUUGACCCCAAAGGGGUUCAACAAUAGUCGGGCUGAGUUUAUCGCUGAAGAUAUAUCAAACCUUGAAAAAGCUCUAAAAACUCUUGGUGAGAAUACAACUGGUUCGGAUUUUGCACAGCGAUUGACUCUACAGCAGCUAGAAAAUCUACAUGGAAUUUCGCUAAGAAAAUACCUCGAAAUCGUCUUUGAUCGCCCGUUUUCGUCAAGCUUCCAGUUGCAAGUGAAUGAUAUUAUCUGCUUUCGCUUAAACCUCGAUCGGAUUGCUUGGGUCUCCUAA